GGACUGCUUGGAGUGUGCAUCCAAUUUAGAAUGAAAGUAGACGAGAAAGAGAGAAAAAGUAAAGGAAGAAGAGAGCAACUGUCCGUUGGCUAAAGGCGCCCUUGACAGGCUGAGCGACCAGCAAUGGCAUCGGAGGUUGCCAGAUUUCUCCGGCAAAGUUUCCUAGACUCUCUGGCGGAGGCAGAGUCUGAAUUGUCAGGUUCGGCUUUAUUCUCUUACUUCACAGCUAUAAAAGAUGUAUUGAAACAUAAAGACAUUAUGAUCCAACCUGAUCGUUACUCUGUAACUACAAGUCUGCUCCACGAACUCAACGACGCUUUGUCGGAGUACCGAAUCUUUGAGCUUGAAUGCAAGCAGCUCAACAAGAAGCUUCUACUCUUCAACCCUUUCACAUAUUAUUUCAUCCAAAAGAUGAAGAAGCAGCUCAAGGACAUAAAACAUAAACUUGCAAGUGUGGCGGCGGCGCCGGAACGAAUUGGCAAUAGAUUUGAUCAGCAGAAGAAGUCGCAGUCCAUACUUCCGCCGAACGUUUUCGGGUUUGAUGAGCAGGCAGAACAUAUAGAGGGUUUGCUCUUCAAUGGGGGACUUAGCCGUGCUAGAUUUACUUCAAUUGGUGUAGUGGGUAUUGCUGGAGUGGGUAAGACCACAUUGGUGCAAAAGGUUUUGGAGAGGAAGACAGUGAUAGAUGGGUUUAAGUCUAUAUUUUGGUUAAGCUUUUCAGGGAUGAAGGAAGAGCAAAAACAGUACAGUAGGUCCAGCAUUGAGACAUGCAUUGUUGAUAAAUUGGGGAAAAUCGUAGAGGGGAAGAUAGUUGGCCUUGGGGAGCUCUUGGAAAAGCUCAACCAACAUUUAUCGGGUGCGAGGUAUUUGCUUGUGUUGGAUGAUAUGUGGGGUCAGCAUAUCAACAUUGGGAAGCGCUUGCAGCGCGGAUUGCCUAAGGGUAGUGGUGGUGCGGUCAUCUUCACUACCAGGUUGAAUGAAGUGGCUGAAAAGCUGGUGGAGCAGGAUAAGGUGAUUCAUGUCAAGCCUUUGGACGGAGAAAGUUGUUGGAGUAUAUUUCAGGAGACUAUGAGGAAUAAUGAGGAAAAUUUGUACAGUUCACAAGUUGAAACAUUGAAUAAGAUUGAGGGUGAAAUUAAGGAUCAAUGUCAUGGUCUACCAUUGGUUGCUAAGGCACUCGCAAAAAUCAUUCCGGAACAGAUCCGUGAGAUUGAGUCCGAGCGCUUCUUGAAGGAUUUGUACAUACCUGAUGAACUUCUUAGAACUGAUUUAGAUGCUGAACCUGCUGUUUAUAUACCAAAGUUCCCAGUGUUAGUGUUUGUUGAUAUGGAAAAUGAACAGCUUGGAACAAGACUCUUCAAUGAAUUCAGCUACCAUCUAAAUAAACGGCAGGUAUUUGCUGUGCUGGCUGAUAAUUAUGAUUCCAAGCAAAGAGGACAAGAAGAUAAUCCUGAGGCGGUGCUAAGGGGGGUUUAUGCUACCCUUGAAAAGCUUAAGGAAAUAAAGUAUAGUUUUGCUUCCAAAAUUAAAAAGGAGAUUAGAGUUAUUAUUGUUGGUGGGGAUGCUGUGGUAAAUCGGAUUUUGGGAGUUAUCUGUGAUCUAAAACUACCAGAGGCACCCUCCAUUGUUCCAAUACCACAGGGAGCUGAAAAUGACAUCCCAGUUGCUGAGAAUGACAUUGCAGUUACGUUUGGAUGGAAGGCGUUGAAGGCUGACCGUCAAUCAGUGAAAACAUUUCUGAUUAAAGACGUAACAGUUGCAGAAAAGAUGAAACUAGAUAGCUGGCAUAUUCUCAUUAAGAUGAAAUCCACUACAAGUUCUACAGAUCAGCAAGAAAUACCACCUUUAUAUGUUAUGCAAACCAUGGAUGAUCUCACAUUGUGCGGAGGAGUUUGGAACUACUUUAGCUUGGGAGUUGAUGCUCCAAGAUUGUAUGCACCUUACUGCUGUCAUCCUAACGCAAGGACUUUAAACUCGCUUGUGAAGGUAUCGAUUAUGGAAAAUGGCUCGUGGAAAUUACUUAACAUCCCGAGUAGGUACGGGAAAUUCGCUUCGAGUUUAUUAAGGAUGCAGCAGAAUCUGUAAACAUAAGGAUUGAUGGAUCACCAUGGAAUAAAAUUCCACUUGACAGUAUCAUUGAGAUUGGAAUGUCUCACAACGGUCAAGUCAACAUUCUUGCCAAUGGGGUUUGCCCUGCAAAAGGAAGUAACCAUCACUCCUC